AUGGAUGGACACGCUGGAGCUUCUCCAUCUCCGCCCAAGGGUUGCAUUCGGUUGCCAAAGGAAAUCGCCGCCAUGACUGCUCACUUCUUCGUAAUUUCAUACUUUGUGGCAGUCCUCUUUAUUUUGGUUUCAUGCAGUAUUGUACACGGCAUCACCAGGCACAUAUCUCAACCUCGCAUCAUCUCAGAAAUCAUCGUAGGGUUGCUAUACGGCAACUUGGGCCUGAGUAGGAUCAUAAUGCGCUUGAAGAUUGCUCGGACGUUGCACGCUAUCUCCGAGUUGGGCAUGGUUUGCUACAUGCUUGUUUUAGGCCUGGAAAUGGAUCCUUCUGUGCUGUUUCGUCGGCCAACCCGCGAAGCCAUGGUAGCUUACAGCGGAAUGCUCUCAACUUUCAUCGUUGCUUGCUUGGUGGCUCCAUUGCUCAGUCUAGCAAAGGAGCCAAUCAUGAUCAAAUUCAUCAUAACCCUUGCGGUCGCCCUCUCCGGUACAGCUUCCCCACUCCUGACGCGACUGAUAACCGAGCUCAAGAUUGGAAAGUCGGAAAUUGGACGGCUUGCGGUUGGUGCAGGAAUGCACACAGACAUGGUCUCCUUGAUCCUUAUUUCCUUUGGUCUCAUUAUCUAUCCGACAAGCCAGAUGGGAGUCUAUUUUUCGGAUUUUCUGUUCCUCGUAUUUGCAAUGAUCAUCCAGAUUUUUCUUAUGGUGAAAACGUUGCCCCGCUUCGUAAGAUGGAUCAACGACAAUAACCCAGAGGGGAAGGCCAUGAAAGCCACUCACUUGGUGCUUGCAAUCACUGUAAUUGUAAUAGUCUGCUGCUUUGGUCCACUUGCUGCAGUUAGUCCCAUCAUUAACUCCUUCGUGACGGGCCUGAUAAUUCCGAGAGCGGGGAGAUUAUCCAAGAUGAUGACCGGCAAGCUGAACUACUUCUUGGGAGUGCUCUUUUAUCCGAUCUACUUCUUUUGGGUGGGAAUGCAAGCUAAUCUCAAACAUUUUAAGGCCAACGAUCUGCGUACAUGGUCCGAUCUAAUUCUCAUCUUCCUAAUUGCGACUGUAGGAAAAGUCUCCGGAACGGUGGUUUCCGGCAAGAUAUUAGGGUAUAAUUGGUCGGAGUCAAUCGCACUGGGGUUGCUUCUGAACAUCAAAGGGCAUUUUCAUAUCUACUGUUCUAUGAUGGCCUAUGAAGUAGGAGCGAUUUGUGCUAGCAACUUCAUGCAGAUUAUACUCGCAACCGUGCUGACCAUAGUCUACAUCCCCCUGGUGGUGGCAUUCAUCGUAAGUCGUGCACGAAAGCGUUCGCAGGUCCAACACAUGACACUUCAGUGGCAAGAUCCACUGAGCGAAAUACGUAUGCUGCUGUGCCUCCACGGGCCUCACAAUGUGGCCAGUGCUAUCAACAUCAUGGAGGUCUCUCGUGGAGCGGUGAAGUCAAAAGCCACUGUUUUUGCCACCGAAAUGAUCGAGCUCAAUGCGCAUACCGCGGCGACGCUCGGCGGCGGGAAGGAUGCGGACGCCGUGACUGUGUUCGAUGAGGCAGUCAUGAACCAGCGAGAGCAGAUAGCAAAUGUAUUGCAAAGAUACAUGGCUAAGAGUGGUAAGGGGAUCCACCUCCACCGGGUAAUCGCCCUCUCAACAUUCGAUAACAUGCACAGAGACAUCUGCAACAUAGCCGAGGACGUGGUGGCUUCUUUCAUCAUCUUGCCCUUCCACAAGAAUCUAAAGCUCGACGGGAGGGUGGAGAAAAAUCUCGCUGGCUACAGGCAUGUUAACCGUAAGGUUCUACGACACGCCCCAUGCUCUGUGGGAAUACUCGUCGACAAGGGACUCCAAAUGAAAAACAUCAAGGAUUCGGGUUCGCAUCCAUCCCUCAACGUUGCCGUAAUCUUCAUCGGAGGCAGAGAUGAUUGGGAAGCAUUAGCCUACGCCAGUCGUGUGUCACUACACCCUGGAGUCAACCUCACCGUCAUUAGAUUCCUACACGACUCCAAAGAUCAGACAGGCUCGAUCCGGGGUAGCAGCUUGCGUUUCUCUGAAUCCUUCAGAGAGAUGGAAGAGAUGGAAGAGGAGAUGAAGCUGGACAAUGAAUAUUUUGCCCAGUUUUACGAGAGGCGUGUAGCCACAGGCCAGGUUGGGUACGAGGAGAGGUACGUAGUAAAUUCGGCCGAGAUGGUUUAUAGGUUACGACGAAUGAAGACGUCCUACGAGCUCUUCAUUGUGGGGCGUGGGGGCGGGGUAAAUUCCAUUUUGACGGUAGGGAUUGAUAAGUGGCAGCAGUUUCCAGAGUUGGGCCCCAUCGGGGAUAUGCUCUCCUCUAAUGACUUUUCACACAAGGCCUCUGUGUUGAUCAUACAACAGCAUACUCAUAAGAGGAGUGUUAAAGAGGAUGUUAACGAUGAAAUUUUGGUUUAA